GGAAAGGCUCUACACAGCGGGCUGUGCGGAAACCGCGUCCCUGUAGGAAAACACGCUGCUUUCCACCCGAUUGGAAGCGAAUCAGCCCUGUGGGGAGAUCCCAGGACACAGUCCCCAGCCCCCGCUGGCGCCGGCCCCCUUCCCAUCAGCCCCGGGACGAGGCAGCGCUGCAGGCGGAAGCACCUUCCCCUACGACAGCCAGCACGGCGCCAAGAUGAGCCGACUGAUCUCAGCGCAGCUGGGACAAAACGGGGAGCGCAGCGGGGACCCUCGAGACCCCAGCCACGGCCCCAUCGUCGGUCUCUACGGCAACCACAUCUACGCCCCCAUCUCGGGCUCGGCUAUGGACCAGCCCCUCGCUCUGACCAAACACAGCAUGGACUCCGCCCACAGCGUCGCCCGCAACGUCGCCAUGGUGCCCGGAGCCAGCGUGGUGGAGAGACAGCAGAAUCGGCCUUCGGUCAUCACCUGUGCGCCAGCAGGUCACCGCACCUGUAACCUGUCUCACUGCACUGCCACCCACGACGGCAGCCCCCCCAGUGACACUGCAACAGCCAGCACGAACGCCGUCUGCGAUCCUGUGAUCGAGGAGCACUUCCGCCGCAGUCUGGGGCGGAGCUACAGGGAGCCAGACCCUGCCCCGAACUCGGUGUCCAUCACGGGCUCGGUGGACGACCACUUCGCCAAGGCGCUGGGGGACACCUGGCAGCAGAUCAAGGCCAAAGGGGGGGCGUCCGGCAGCGCCGAGUCUGCCUCGUGACAGGGCCAAUCACAGCCCACAGCCUCAGGAUCAACCACACACACUCCGCCCUGUGCCCUGCCGAGGCCACACCCCCUACUCCCCCAUCAGUGGUGUCCUGGAGAACCACACACACACUCACACACACACACACACACACAGAUUACAUGCGACUUCCAUGCCCUGAGAACACAAUAUUGUACAUCUAAAUGGACGGACUGGGGUUCAGUUUGUCCAUUUUGAUAUAUUUUAUAUAUAUUUUUAAUAUCUUUUCAAACUUGCUUUCCAUUUGUGAUGGAGGUGCCCAAAAUGACCGUGUGAGCUGGCAGACGUGGUCAGUGCUGUAGAUCUCUCGCCCCUGCGCCCCCCACC